GCGCAGCUAACAGGAAUGAAUAAUGGAUAUUUCAAGAAAUCACCUACCAUAUAUAAACCAAUAAUUUCAUUCGAACUAACAGCAAUUUACAUGAUCCAACUUGCUGGUGACUUCAUUGAUUUAGCAAAGAUAUUUGGUAAAAAUAAAACUGAUGCAAGUCAUUGUUCUGGUUUGGUAAAAUUAGCACCGAAUAAUGCUGACUUAUUCAUUGCUCAUGUUUCCAUGUCCGGUUAUGAAACGAUGAAUCGAAUUCUUAAGUUUUAUAAAUUUGCAUUUGACGAACAAAAGGUACCUGGUUAUGCAACAUCUUUCUCGUCAUAUCCAGGUGCACUCACAUCAUUGGAUGAUUUUGUCCUUGGAAGUUCUGGAUUGGCAAUAAUUGAAACGACAAUUAACGUAUUCAAUCAGCUAUUGUAUGAUGCAGUCAGAACAGAAGGACAAUUACAUUGUUGGAUUCGUAGUAUUAUUGCUACACGGCUUGCAAAUACCGCAAAACAAUGGGUGCACAUAUUUGCACGAUACAACUCGGGUACUUACAAUAAUCAGUGGAGUGUGGUUGAUUAUAAAUUAUUCAAACCAAACAGAGAACCUCCACCCAAUGACCUUUUAUGGGUUUUGGAGCAAGCACCUGGACUAAUAAUUGCUCAUGAUAUGACAUGGUUUCUAAAGAAUUACUCAUAUUGGCCAAGUUACAAUAUUCCGUAUUUCGAUACGAUCAGUGAAAUAACUGGUUUCAAGCAAAAAGGUCAAUUAUCGGAUUGGUACAAAUGGGAAAGUUGUCCACGCGCUAAAAUUUUCAAUCGUGAUCAUUACAAAGUUACCAAUUUGGAUAGCUUACAAAAAUUGAUGAGAUACAAUGAUUAUAAGCAUGAGAAAUUCAGCAAAUGUAAAUGUAUACCACCAUAUUCAGCAGAAGCAAGCAUUUCAACACGUGGAGAUUUGAAUCCGGCUAAUGGUACAUAUGAAAUUAGUGGAAUGGGUCAUCGAAAUCAUGGUAGUAUCGAUUACAAAGGAACAAAUUAUCAGUUGUUCAAGAAUCUUCGUUUUAAAGCAUGGGGUGGACCAACUUAUGAUCCUCUUCCUGUCUUCAGUUGGGCUACAACCGAUAUUCGAGCAAAGCAUUAUGGCCAACCAAUCGUAUGGCAAUUCAAGGAAAUAGAAACACAAUGGGAAACUGUCCUAUCGUAAUUUCAUAUAUUAAAUAUGACAUUUUAAUUUACAACAAGAAAAUGCACGAAGUUGCAAGUGAAUCAGUAAUUUAUCAAAUCCAACAAUAAUUUUCAUCUUAUCUUGUUAAGUUGUUUGUU